CAGCAGAACCAGCCAGAGGGAACAGAUUCCGCCUUUAGGCCAACCUUGUUUGAGGUUAGAAAGUCCUGGGGGUUCAGACGGACAACCAUUGCCAGAAGGGAGUUCAUGGAAGAAGUGGGAGACCUAACCCGAAGUCCUCCACUUGUUCGGAGAGGCAGAAGUCGUAGAACCUUCCAGACACCUGAAACUUCUUCAGAGACCCACACCACAGGGAAACAUGCUCAGACAGCUAGAAGUGUUUUAGAUGACCUGGAGUGGUCAGCACCAUCCUCGCCUGUGUCAGAGGACAGCAAGGCAGCCUCAGAGGCUUCGGCAGGAGGGAGCCUCGAUCCCAGUCUAUGGCAGGAUUUUGGUUCUGCCUUUCACACUGCUUUUUCCCUGCUUGGGGGGAAUGAGGAUUUGCCCAUGACAAUGACAGAUGCACUAGCAGUCCCUACCACCAAUACCAUUGAGGCUUUGAAUCCAGAGGCUGUAGAAGAAACUGAGUUUACUGAUAAUGUGGAUGACAUGGAGACUGAACAGCCUGCUGUGCCUGACACUGUAGCUGGAAGGGAGAUCCAUGAUAUGGUAGUGAUCUCUAGUCAAGAUGAUGACAGUGAUGAAAUGACUCUAUUACAGAUCAAGGAGCAGCUCGCCUCCAGUGGUAGGCAGGGCAACUCAAGGGCUCGAGGGGGUAAAGGUGGGAGAGGAAAGGCCAGAGGAAGGGCGAGAGGCAGAGGAAGAGGUAGGGGAAAAGGGAAGGGAAGGGGAAGAGGGAGGGGCAGAGUGGGGGAGCUUCCGUCAGUCAUUGUAGACGAUGACGACAGUAAUGAUGACGUGAUCCUGAUUGGUACAACUGAGCGGCAACAUUCACAAGAGGAGAAAGACGAUGAUAUUAGCACCCCUCCUGAAAUGGAGGUGUCACCUGCCCAUUUUAAAGUCACCCUGAGUCCUGAUCAGCAGUCACAAUCAGACUGCAUAAUCCUUGGCAGUGAUUUAGACCAGGGCACUGCUGUAAAUGAUGGCCAGUAUGAUGAUGCACCCGAGGAGAUGGAAGAAGAGAAGAGGGAGAAGGAACACAAGAUUGAAGAUGGUUUUCCACACAUAUCAGACACUCAGGGGUAUGACUCCAACGCCUUGCACUGCAUCUGCCACCAGAAACAAAAUAAGAGGUUCAUGAUCUGCUGUGGCAGUUGCCAGGUGUGGUUCCAUGGUGAUUGUGUCGGUAUUAAUGAAACACAAGGCCGGAAGAUGGAGGGGAAGGGGCAGUACACAUGCCCGCCGUGCACUGCAAAGAGGCAGAACCAAGCACAGUUUGAGUCUCAUCCUUUGCCAGACCCAAGCAUUAGCUUUUCAGAGUGCUUGACACUAAGUCCUUCCCAUGAAGAAGAGGAAAGGCAAGAGGAGCGGCAAGCCCUCAAGGAGUCUGUAGUGGUUGUGGAACCGGAGCAUGAGAAGCAGGCACAGGUGACGAAAACUGAAACUGAUCCUGAACCCAGAGUUAAAACUGAGAUGGAGACAGACAGCUGUCUUCCAGUAUGCACUGGGCCUGGCUGCUGUAAACAAGCGCUACCGGAUUCUGUUUACUGUGGUACCGACUGCAUCCUUCAGCAUGCUGCUGUAACUAUGAAGACUCUCUCUGGGCCUAAGGUCCCCAAGUCUAAAGGCCGGGCACCGAGAAAAGCUGUAACAGCAAAGGCUCAGAGGGGAGGUCGGACGUCUAAACGAUUGGCAGAAAAAGCUUUGGACGAUGCUGAGGAAGAGAUGAUGAAGGAGGAGGAUGGAGAGCUGGAGGUCUUCAUCAUGCGCAGAAAGAAAAAGUGGCAGCAAAAGUUUCAAGAGCAUUUGGACAGGGCCGAUAAUCCCAGUGAAACAGUAGAGGCUGGCAGUGAUGCUGUAUCACCUUCAAGGCAGCAUCCACAGGAGCCCCCAGCAGACACAACUGUCCUGGCCCAGCCCACCGUUGAGGACACCGCACCACAGAGCCCAAACGAGGAAAAAGAAAAGGAGUCUGAAAACAGCAGAAUGCCUAAAGAGCAAUGUGCUGGCGCACGUCCCUCAACCCCACCUACACCUGCGAAGUGUCCUGUGUCUGCAUCCUCACAAUGUCCAACCAACCCAGCUGCCCGACAUCAUGAGACUGGAGCCCUGAUCGUCACAAAGACCACCUAUGUUAUACCAAAGAAGCAGCUUACUGUGUCUAAGCCUCUCUCCAGCCCUGUGUCAGCCUCCUCAUCCAGCCAGAAACCAUCUUCAGCACCGACAUUGCUGAACGAGACCCGUAAUCUGCCUGUAUCACCGGCGCCCAGCGCUCCCUCCUCCAGACCGUCUCAGCCUAACAACCAGGUCAGACAGAGCAUCCAGCGUUCCCUCACAAGCAUCCUGUUCAAAAGGGUGUGUGAUUGUGAAGAUUUGGAGAUGUCUGAGAGUGAAGCUGCGAAGCUUGUCGCUAGCAUUGAGAUGGAAAUGUUCGAUAUAUUUCGCAACACAGACAGCAAAUACAUGAACAAGUACAGAACAAUAAUGUUCAACCUGAAAGAUCCAAGAAACAAGGGUUUGUUGUAUCGGGUUGUGCGUGGAGAAAUUGGUCCCUUCAGGUUGGUCAGGAUGAGCCAAAAAGACAUGCAGGCGACUAAAGUACCAGAGCCACCUGAGACACAGGUUAAAGAUGGAGCUGCUAAAGUGAUUAAUCUGCUGAAGCCUGAAGCGGUAAAGGUUGACUUGCCUAGUUUGAAUCCCUCUAGACCUGACAGAAAAUCUGAUAAAACGGAACAGAAGAGGAGCCUUCCAGCUCCCACUGCAAAGCCAAGAGCUAGCCAACCAAGCCAGGACACUGCUGUUCCAGAUAUGCUUUCUUGCAUGCUCAAAGACACAACAUCAGAACAUAAAGCUCACAUCUUUGACCUGAAAUGCAGGAUAUGCACAGGCCGCGUAAUGGUUGGAGCAGCAGAACAGCCUGCUAAAAAGAAACUCAAGCUAUCUGUAUCAAAAGAUAAGCAAGAGCCAUCUUGUAAGCAGUCUGCUCAAGAUGACUCCCCUCUGCGGGCACCAACUGGCUCACCUGAAAUGGAUUCUCCACCGUCUUUGCAAAUGGACUUGUCAUCCAGCCUCAUUAAUGACUCUCCCAAAUUGACCAUUGUAGAAUCGCCUGCUUCGCCAACAGAUUCUCCAGCCUCCCCUACCUUAGAGUCUCCUGCCUCCCCCAUCAUGGAGUCCCCUGCAUCCCCAACAUCAGACACCCCAACAGCAAAUCCACCAAAAAGGACCUAUACACCAGUUGUGAUUCCAGCAGUUUCCACAGUAACCAUCACAAGACGUGAUCCCCGCACUGCACCAAGCAGGUUUACAGCAACUUCCAGUAGAACCUCCAAUCCCAGUAACAUAAACCAUAACCAAACAGCCCUUGUUAAACAGCCCACUAUCUCCCAGUCAGCACCACCCUCCUCUCUACCACAACCACAAAAACUACCCAAAUCCAUCUUAAUGAAACCAUCUUCCACCACCAAUCCAAGGCUUUAUGGUGCAUCCACAAGAACUAUGACCCUGCAAUCUCCAGCUUAUGGCGAUACUGCACAGUUCCUGUCAAAGCAAGACAUACUGUGGAAAGGUUUUAUAAACAUGCUUACCGUUUCCAAGUUUGCCACAAAGACGUAUCUUGUUUCAGGAUCUGCUGAAAAUCUAAAAGCGGAUCUACCUGAAACCAUACAGAUUGGAGGACGAAUCCUUCCUGAAACUGAGUUAUGUGUGAUUCGGUUUCAACCUGCAACAGAGGAGGAAGAGGUGGCCUACGUCUCCCUGUUUUCCUAUUUUAGCAGCAGAGGGCGUUUUGGUGUGGUUGCUAACAUCAGCCAGUCCAUCAAGGAUGUAUACCUUGUCCCACUUAGUGCAAAGGAUUCGGUUCCAUCCAUAUUGAAACCUCUAGAAGGACCAGGUUUUGAAAAUAAACGACCCAAUCUUCUUCUUGGUCUGGCAAUCGUCCAGAAGGCAAAACGUCCUGGUAUGUUGCCCCAGGAAAUUGAAGAGAAGAGACCACAUGUUAACAUGUCCAAAGACCCCAUGUGGAUACCAAAACCACCAGUCCUCUAUGGUUCGGACAAAUUGGAGAUAUUCCAUCCUUAUGAUCCAGAGACUCCUGGCAAUACCUCCCCUCCUGGUUCACUGCCUCGCCCUGGAUCACCAUCGGACUCUUCUAACUCUGUUACCGCACCAGCUCUGUUGUCUGCGAUUAGAACAACUCCUUGUGUCUCAUCUGUUGCUUCUGCUUCUGUUGAGUCCAAACCUGAAAGCAACUCUACUGAGAACCCUACAUCAUCAUCCACUAAUAAGACACCAUUGCAGACUAUUUUGAAGACUUUAUUUGGCACUAAGCAGUCUGAUUCCAUAGAUCCCACUGAUGGAAGUUCUACAAAAAAAGCUGUUAGUGUUAAGAAAAUCCCAAUGUUUUCUAAAGCAUCUGGAUCAAUGGUGGAUCCAAUUGUCCAACAGUAUGGACAGAAAUCCAAAGUCAAAGAGAUAGAGGAGGAUGAAAAUGACUUUGACAGACCAUAUGACCCAGAAGAAGAAUAUGAUCCUGCACAUAAAACUGUUAUUCCACAGACCACAGAAAGACUUAAAACAAAUGAGUCAACAUUAUCCAGCUCUGUGGACGAUGACAUUGCCUAUGAUCCAGAGGAUGAGAGCAUCUUUGAAGUUAUUCGAGGUGGUGCAACUGAAACAAAGGCUGCUGUUUUAACUCAGAUGUCAGAACAUCCACCAAGCCCAGCAACCACUACCACCUCAACUAUAGCACAAAGUUCUACUCCAGCUGUGGUUAUACCAAAACUGCCUACCGGGACUGUGGUUGUCUCUGCUGCAACACUGAGUGAACAGCAGAGGAUGCUUGAGGAACUUAACAAGCAAAUUGAAGAGCAAAAACGGCAGUUGAAAGAGCAAGAAGAGGCCCUAAGACAGCAGAGGGAGGCUGUUGGUAUGUUUAUGGCUCAUUUUUCUGUUUCAGAUUCCUUAAUGUCUCCCCCAACAAAAGCCUCACCACUAAGCCAACUCUCAUCUGUACAGUGUGCUAAACUGCAAACAGAAUCAAAGCCUUCCAACACAGGAGAUGAGGCCAACAACCUGAUAGAGACUAAGGAUGAUUCAAAUGUUGAUUCAAAAAUGGCUGCAAAAAAACUGGAGGCCUCAGGUGCUAACAUUAAUUCAAAAGAUGAAAUGAAUACUUCUACAGAACAAGAAAAUGUACAGGUAAACUGUGAGGAACCUGAAAAAUAUUCUUCUGCCGGAGAGAUUGAGGAUUCUGAUGUUGCUUAUGAUCCUGAGGAUGAAUCUCUUUUUGAUGAAAUCCAAGAUGACGUAUUCAAAGGAGGAAGCACAAAGACUAUUGAUGCAGCAUCUAGAGCAGGACAUUGUUCAUCUCAUAAGAGUGUCUCUCCAAUUUCAUUCCAUAGCAGGAAAAAAAGGUCAUCGCCUAAAAGACGGAGUCGUCGUGAUAGGGACCGCCAUAGAAGUCCUUCAAGAAAGUCACAGCAGCGUUCUCGUUCUCAUUCAAGGAGACAUAGAGACAGGGAUAGACACAGAAGAAGUGAAAGGUACAGAUCAAAGCAUGGAGCUAAGGAGCCAUCUGACCGGCAGGGACACUAUCGCAAAGACCAUUCUCCACGCCAACAUUCUCGUGGAUGUAGAAGAUCUCCAUCAUCUUCGAGAAGAAAACACUCUGUAUCUCUUUCACCAAAACAGGGAGGUCCUGUCCCUGAAGUCAGUCACAAAAACGAAACUGCAGGUGUUUCAUACACGGACUCUGGUGUUGUUGGAAAAUAUGCUGAGUGUAAAACAUUGUCCUUCCCAGUAACUAUAAAGAAUGAUCCGGAUGGACAGACAGUUGAUUGCAGUCUUGAGAACUCUCUCGAUAAACACUCACAUGGACUUAAUGUGAAGACUGAGAUUUCACAACCAACUAAACUAGAUGAAAAAACAAUCAGUGAUCCUAAUAAAUCAGGUAGUGAUUGUCUUACACUGGAAAAUAAAACAUCACUGCAAGAGAAAUUCUAUCAAGACAAAUGUGAAAAUACAAUUCCUCUGAGAGAAAUUGAUCCACCCAUUCGAGAUUCUCCUGAGAGCCCUGAUCCAGACCCACAAUUUGUGAAACCUUGCAGCUUAGAAACAAGUGACUGUACCAAAACAGAGGAAUUCAGAAAUGUAAAGGAUCAUACCUGUGCCCCAAUGGUAUUACCUAAACCGGAAAACAGUAGUGUACCAAUUGGUGGACAAGUAGCAAUGUACAAUUGCAGUGAAGCUCAACAAAUCUCCUGUGUCAAAGCACAUUUGAUAAAAACAGAUAAUCACACGGAGUCUGGAAAUACUGCCUUAAAGAAUCAAGAAAUGAUGGUUCCAGAGGAAAAACAUUCUAAGCAACCUAUUGGCCUGCAUUCAGAACAUGUCGUGAGUUGUCCAGAUUAUAGGGAUCUAAAACCAGAUAUGACUAAGUCUAGACACAGAGGAACACUGGUAGAUCUAGAAGGAACAGGAAGAUUCCCGGUUUCUGAAUUAAGAGAUGGGUCCAUGCAAGGCAAAAUGCCAAGUAUUUUAGGCUCUGGACCAGGCAUUAGAGAUGAUUUCAUAGAUACUCAAGGGAAACACGUAUUGGAACCAAAUGCAUGCGUGCAUGAUGGUCCGUACCCUAAUAUGAGGCAAAAGCUUAUACCAGGUGUCUUAAAUUCAUCAGUGUUAGAAUCAAGUAUGCAAAAUGAGAGAGGGAAGCCUUUCAUGAAAAGCCCAUUGUCACUCACACCUGUGCCAGAUAGUAGCAUUGCAGGGCUAAGUGAUCCUUUACCAUCUAUCUAUCAAGUAAAUACCAGUAUAAUGGGGUGUGGGAACGAGAGACAACAGAACCGUAAUUGUGAAGAGAACUCGGACAGCAAGUUGGAAGCGAGGGUACCUCAGCCAGAAUCUUUCAGAUCUCAUAUUAGAGGUCGAGGUGAAGCACAUUCAAGCCCAUUUUCUGUUGGUGUUCGAGGAGAUCAGACACAACCCUGGCAGGAUCACAGUUCUUUUCAAGAAAGGUUCUUGGGAAAAGGAGAUUUUCGGACUCAUGGACAGGAUGCAGACUUGAGCAUGAGACCUGAUGGUGAAAGAAAUGAAGACAUGUCAGAUGUAACAAAUCCAGACUGGAAAGGUCCAGGGACUCUUCACAAUAGUACAAAUGAUCCAAACUGGAAUAUCCAAAGAUCACACAUAGAAAAUGUUUGGGAUGGUCCUGAAAGGAGUAGAAGAGAUCCACCUCGAGACGAACAAUUUAUUAAGAAUGACUGGAUCCAUCAUCAGUCUCAUAGAAGAGGGCCACACAAGGAGAACCAAGUCAUUGACAAUGAAGGCAUAAUAAACUUACAUUAUAGACAACCAGAACCUGAAAUAAACCUUGCAAACGUGCAUGAUUGUCGAGAACCAGGGGGUAUAGAUUACAAUGUAGCAGGACCAGGAAGAAGAGGUCCUGAGAUACAGUUCCAAAGACAUGACAUAAAACCAGAUUACAUUGGACAAGGACCUGAAAGGCCAGUUGGUGAGAUGGAGGGCCAAGGACAAAACAUGGGAACUGAAGUCUCCAUGCAUGACAGAAGAGGUCCAAGGGGCUCGGAUGUCAUGGGACAAAGAUCUGAAAGACCAAGUCCAUCUCUGGUUAGUGGUCCGGAGUCGAUGGGACCAGGAUUUGAUGGGAAAUAUAUGACCAUGGAGGGUCAAGAACAAAACAGAACAAGAUGUGUUCCUCCACAUUUUAGAGGACUUGGACCUGAAAGAAAAAGUCCAUCAAUAAGGAGUCACAGAUCUGAUAUGAUGGGGCCAGAGUUCCUGGCACCAUGUCCUGAAAGGAGGGGUCCAAAUAUGGAGGGUCCUGGACCUGUCAAUAGAAUAUCUGGGAACUUUGAACUUAGAAGACCUGGGUAUCAGGGGGAAAAUGUCCAUAUGCAAAGUCCUUGUCCCCAAAGCAAAGGACCUGGAGGUCCAAUUUCUAGAGAGCCAAUGCAUGAAAACCAAUCAUUAUUUAUGGAGGGUUCUAUGCCAAACAAUAUGGGAACCAUAGGUCAAGAUUUCAGUGAGCCUGAAAGAAGAGGUCCUCCUAUGGGUCAUCCAAAGACUGAUGGAGAAUUAUUUGCAGGUUCAGAAUUUGAUGGUUGUGUACACAAUAUGACAGGACCUACUAAAGAAAGCCGAGAUCCAGAGAGGAAAGGUUUUAGAGGACCAGAUUUCUGGGAGCCAGGAUCUGAAUGGAGAGGACCAAGAGAUCAAAACAAUGAUGGACAUGGUCAUGAUAGGAAUGAACCAUAUUUAGGGGUUACUGGGUGGAACUUAAUUGGACAGAAAGCAGAAAGAAAUGUCCCAGGUAUAGAAGGUCCAGGGCCUCAUGAUAGAAAGGGAGGACCUCAUUCUGGGAAUGAGGGGAUGGAGGAUGGAAAUCCAAAUAUUGUUUAUGGACACAACAGGAAAGGUCCAGACUUUGGGGGUCAAAGUUGUGAUAUUCCAGGUCCAGUACUCAGUAGAAGAGGUCGAGGUGGUCCAAGAAUGGGAGGACCAUGGCCUCAACAUGUAUUGUCAAACACAGAUAGUCCGGGGUUUUAUGGAAGAGGUUCAGAAGGCCUAAACGUCAGAGCAUCUGGGCGAAAAACAAGUAAUGCAAAUACAGAAGGAACUGAGUCACAAGGACCAUCUCUAGAAAUGGAGGGACAACAGUCUGAUAUGAGUGGGGCACACUUUAAAGGAGUGGUUCCUGAGCAAAGAGUAAUGGGGAGUCAAUGGCCCAUCAAGAAAGGUCCUAGAGGUUUUAGAAAUACAGAUAAUGAAGGUAGAGGUCCUGAUAUUGACAGUUUAAAUUUUCACAGGCAAAGACCAGCAGGCUCAAACAUCAGAGAACCUGGGCCUGAAAGACAGUGUCCAGAUAUGGAAAGCCCAGGGCCUGGUUGGGGUGGAGAAUCAGGUGAUCCAGACGGCAGAAAUUCAGGAAUAAGGCAGCAAGAUCCAAAUUUAGAGGUUUCAGGGCAAGAAAGACUAAAUGAUUGGGGAAAACCAAUGCCUAUUCAAGAAAAUGUAGAUCUAGAGGCACGAGGAUCUGAUAGAACAAGUAGAAACUUUAGGGCCCCAAGGCCUGCAAGGAGAAACUUUAGAAGACCAAGACCAAAUGUUUGGGACUCUGCUCCAUGUGCAAGUGGCACAGACUCUGAGCAAGGGAUGGAUAGAGAAGGCCCUUAUAUUGAGCCUAUUGGAAAUGAAGGGGAAUGCUCAGGGAAUAACUGGGACAGACAUAGCAAUUGGAGUUUAGGUCCUAACCAAGAUGAUGCUGAAGAAUACAGAAAAAACCAUGGCAGGCAAGGUCCUCGUAGUGAAUGGAGAAACUCUGGAAGUGGUGCCCCAUGGCUCACAAAACAUAGACAAAAAAUGCAAUUUCCAGGUCCACAAAGUGGUCCAGUAGAUGAAAGGAUUAACCCUGGCUGUAGAGGUGUAGAAUCUCUUCAGGAGAAAUCAGAUGUGAUGCCUACAGGUUCUAAUUGGGGAGAAGAAGAAAAUGCAUGGAAUGAGUCUGAUAGUGGAAGUACUGGGCCAUUUUUCAGGGAUGAAAGGAAUCCAGACAAUAGAGGGCGGCGCUAUCAUAGAGGUCGUGGUAGAGGACGAGUAUCAGAUACACCAAGUAAUGAAUGGAGGCAGCAUGAUUUCAGAGUGGAUAAAAGAGGUCCAAACCCGAAUAGAUCUGGGUCUCAUAUAACAGAUCCAGAUUUCAAUCAUUUUUCCUCCGACUACCGAGAUGUUGAGAUGGAGGGCCUUGAUAGAAAAGGUCCAGGUGGUCCUCAUUUAAGGCACCCAGAGCAAAGAUACCCAAAUUCAAACAUGGAAAGUGCUGGGCCUGAUGGGAGAUUUUCAGAUUAUGGAGAGCAUAGAUCUGAAAGGCAUGGUUUAGACAUUGAGGAUCCUGGAUUACACAGGCAAGGAUUUGAUCAAGAUUUUAGAAGACCAUGGAGAGGUUCAAAAGUCAAACGGCAAGGCCCAAGUAAAGCCAAUAUGUGGAUGACAUCCUCUCAAAGUUUAGACUUUGAAAAUGAACCUGCUAUGUGGGAUAGACACUCAGAAUUCCCUGACUCAAAUAGAGGAGGUCCAGGGAUGGGGGAAAGUGAAGAAGGGCAGAUGGGUCAAACGAACAGUCGUGGUAGGAGAGGUCCCCAUCAGGUCUCUAGAUUUCAAGACUCUUGUGAACCACGUUCAGUACCAUUCAAUGCGUCUCUUGGUCCAGGAACUAUUAGAGGUGGAAAAUCUUUUGGUGGCCCCCAAAAUCCAAACGCUGUUCAACCUCCGAGGCAAAGAGGUGGCUUACUUCCCACUCCAACAGAAGGUCUCUUACCUCUGCCCAAUCAUAUGAUGAAAAACUCAGAAGUCUUUGGCAUGGAAGGAACACAAAUGGGUCACUCCAAAAACUGGGACCCAAGUAGAGGCAGAGCAGGGAAUAAUCGACAUAGAGGGCGCUCAAGGGGGCGAGGACGGGGACAUCCUCCUGGUCAUUUAAGCACAGUGGGGGGAGAAGUCUGAUUAAGGCAACAAAUUAUCAAGCAUAUGGGCCCUCAUGACGUGUAUGAAAGUUAAAUCAAUUAAGGGUACAAAUCCAUGAAAAAUGAAAACAUCCACUCAGGCACAUUAGAAAUAAAUUAAAACAAGGUUAUUCUCGUCAGAUAGUAAAAAGGCUGUUACACUGAACACAUCUUAAAGGGUUGCUUCAUAGCUUCACGUUUAAUAAAAGAAUAAUGAGAUGAGCUGAAAAUUCACCUCAGACAAAAAAUACAUUUGAACUUGAUUGAAAAUGCAGAAAUUUAGGGGAAUUUGAGUUCAUUACAAUGUCUUUUUUUUUCUAUAUUCAAAAUAGAUGUUCAUGAUUAUGACUUCUGACUUAAAUGUAAUUGAUAUAUUGUAAAUAAGAAUUAACAUGCAUUUCUUAAAGGUAAUGGUUGCAAAGAAUUUGUACAAAUUAAGUAAAGUUCUUGUUUCUUUGUUUUUUUUAAUGUAGCCCCAGUGUCACUAAAGUAGCCUUCAUCAGGCUUGAAUAUUCUGCUAAUUAAAGACAUGAUGCUUUUCAGUGUUUUUUUUUUAAUGGAAGAAAUUAAUAAAGUGGCAUUUCUUUUAAAACCUGUAUUCAUCUAGUUUGAUCAAUUCCACCGUACAAAUACAUAAGUCAAGAAUAAAAAGCAAUGUUUUUCUUUCUUCAAGCAUAUUUGUAAUUUCACAAAUACCUCAUUGGCAGUAGCCUUAUACUGUCUACUUUUGUGGAUGUAGUGUAGACUGACAGUAGUGAAUGAGAAGACUAAGAAGAGAGGGACACUUUCCCAACCUUUGAAUACAAAAAAAGAGAAUUAGCCACGUUGUGCUGAUCUGUUGUCUUGCUGCAGAAAUAAUAUAUAUUGCCACUAGGGGGCGGCGAAAGGUUGCGUUUGCAGUCAUUUGAACAUUGCUGGAGUGGUUAUUACAAAGUUUACCUCCUGUGGCACAAUGUAAAUAUUCCUUUUCCUCAUGUUCUUCAUUUCAAACUAUCCUUAUGCGUA